AUCGUCAUUUAUCGAUAUGCUGCACUACAGAGCGAAGCGUACGCCAAUCCGACGUAUUCUCUGGGAAUACUGCGCUGAAAACUUUGUCCAAGCAAUUAAAUUCUUAGCAGAUCACCAAUUGCUCAAAAUUGAGAAGCUCUGGUGGACUGCAUGGAUUGUGGCGGCCUUCGUGGGUAGCUGCUGCUGCGUGGUAACGAUGUACCACAAGUGGGAGGCCGAUCCGGUCGUAUUGGCGUACGCGCCACGCUUCGUUCCCAUCUCUACGAUUCCGUUUCCGGCGAUUACGGUUUGUCCCCUGUCCAAGACUCGCGUAGAAGAGUUCAACCUUACACGUGCGCUUGAACUGGUAGAUCGCGGCAUCAAGCUGGAUGAGGAAAGCGAACGAAAGCUACGAUCCCUUGCCCACGUGUGUCCCCUCACCGAUGGCUGGACCAAGUUCGAUCAAAAGUUACCGAAGGAGGAUCUGGUCAAGACCUUGCGUCGCAUGUCCUUAGGUAGAGGACUUACUGUUCCGUUGAUUACGUGGCGGACCAAACUAAUUUCGAGCAGCGACUGGAUCACGGAAACGCUUGUAGACGAUGGUAUCUGCUAUACCUUUAACGCACUGCCUGCGGCCCAGCUGUAUCGAGUUGGUGAGAUAUCGCCGGACUUUUUGAACUUGAGUGGUGGAGCGGGUUCAGCGUCAAACUGGACGCGCGAUACCGGAUAUAGCAGGGAACAGGUUGGAGCGGAUACGUAUCCGAAGCGAUCUCUGAGGAACGGUUUUGAGUCUGGAUUCGCGAUGAUGGUAGCACUAAGGAGGAUUGAUCAAGAGUAUGUUUGUAGGGGAUUCACUGGAUUCAAGGUCUCCGUUCAUCCUCCAGAUGAAACAGCGUUCACGGGAGAUCAAUUUUACCGCUUGAAUACGUUGCAUGCCCUUUCAGUAUUACUUCAGCCGGAAGUUACUGAUAUAUCGAAAGCUUUGAGAAACAUUUCUCCUAAAAGACGCAACUGUUUCUUCGCCGACGAGCGAUAUCUUCGGUACUACAAUGUAUACAACUUCAACAACCGCGUUGACGAGUGCAUGUCAAAUCUAACUUAUGCCAAGUGUGGUUGCGUCAAGUUUUCGAUGCCACGAGCUGCCGGAAUGAAGGUUUGUGAUGCUGGUCGGAUUGGAUGCUACCGCAACACGGUCCUAGAGGUGUAUAACAAAGCUAUUAAGGCUUCUUUGGAGAAUCGUUCGCUACCUUGCACCUGUCGUCAAGAAUGUAUCGUUUUGCGGUACCAUGUAGAUAUUAAUCGAUUUCCGUUCAACGUUCAACAUUUUCGGGACGUUGCUGGACCGUUUAUGGAUUGGUUCAAGGGCCACGGCCUCAUCCAACUUCGUGACUGGAUCCGGUCAAUCCUCGGUACCCUGCAGUUUGCUCAUCCGCCGGGAGUUCUGAUCAUCCGACGUUCCGUUUGCUAA